AUGAAGUUUACUCUCGCUUCUGCUAUCCUCGCAACUUCGGCUCUUGCUGUCCCUACCACCAAGCGGGGCAACUAUUUGUCCAUCACCCAUUUCACAGCCACAGCGGGUCCCUCGGACCCGGGAGCUUCUAUGCAGUUCUUUGUCACCGACCCGAAAUAUCCAAAUGACACCCCGACGGACUGCAAUCUGAUCUGGGACUAUGGCCAAUCGCCAAAGCAGACCGCGCGUUGCAACGAUGGAGAAUAUUAUAUCAAGUUCCCUCAGGGAGCCCCAGACUUCAAUCUUUUCACCUUGGAGCUUCAGCGGGUCAAUGGUUCUAUUCCUGAAAAGGGUCGGGCCGUGUUAAACUCCAACGCCAAUGGUGAUGCUCCUGGAACCAAAUGGAUUUGCCACGAUAAUCCGCAGCCCGAUGUCGAGAUUCAAUGUGCCUACAAUGGCACACUUUACAUGUCCGUCUAG